AUGAUUUUCUUUUUCGGAUUUGCUGAAUGUGUUAAUAGGACAAGAUAUAGGAAAUGCGAAGAUUCUGUAUUUUGUGCUAGAAACAGAUUCAUUCAGAACUCAAAUUGGACAUUAUUAGCAGAAACAGCACAAAUUCACGAAAAUAUUUUUAGCGCUAAAAUAAUUGACGAAGAUUUUAAUAGAGAACUUAAUUUUACAGCAUCUAUUUUGAAAUGCGGCAUUCCACAUGUUAGAAUUGCUAACAUAAUUCCAGAUAAAUUCCCAAGAUACGAUUUCAUUAAAGAGCCAACAUUAAUUGAUCAAGAUUUCAUUUCAGAUUUAGAUGGUUUAUCGAAUUCUAUUAGCUUUAAUAAGAUAAUUGUUGAAUCAACUAAAACAAAAAUAAUAUUAACGCCAAAACCAUUUAAUUUUGAAAUUUAUACUAAUGGUUCUAAGGUAUUAACAAUGAACUACGAUAACAGCGCUGUAUACGAAUUUAAUAUGGAUAAGAAGCAAUAUCCAGUCCAAAAUCGUCCAGCAAGGUUUAAUGAUCAAGCAGAGACCCUACGAAAUGGUCCGACAUCUGUUGGACUCUCAUUUCUUUUCCACAUGAAAAACCUUAAAUUUUCUGGUUUAGCUCAUCAUACAUUGAAUCUCACAUUGAAACCAACCACUGACGAUGAACCAAUUAGAUUUUUCAAUACAGAUAUAAACAGUUACGAAAUAGGAAAUGGAAUGGCGAUGUAUGGCACAAUUCCAUUCCUUGUCGCUCAUAAUACUACAGAAUCAAUAGGUGUCUAUUGGUGCAAUCCUUCGGAAACAUGGGUUGAUAUUUCAAAAAAUUCUUCUCGAUUUUUGUCCGAAACCGGGUAUAUUGAAUUCUUUGUUAUAACCGGAUCACAUAGAGAAGUUACACAUAGGUUUGCAGACCUGACUGGCCAUCCUGCGAUGCCACAAUCCUUUGCAUUGGGUUUUCAUCAAUGUAGAUGGACAUACAUGAGCUCAGAUAUCAUAAGAAACAUCACAAACUCAUUAGAUGAAUAUAUGAUACCUCAUGACUCAAUUUGGCUUGAUUUAGACCAUACAGACGAUAAAAAAUAUUUUAUGUUCGACAAUUCUAAGUACAAAGACAUCAAACAAGUCCAGUAUGAAUUGUUAAAGAACAAAAGGAAGCUAGUAACCCUUGUAGAUCCUCAUUUGAAGAACGCAGAUUAUUAUUUUGUCUUUUCAGAGGCCAAAGAAAAGGGAUACCUCGUUAAAAACUCCAAUGGAGGUAUUUUCUACGCAAACUGCUGGCCAGGAAACUCUUCCUGGGUUGAUUUCCUCAAUCCCGACGCAAGAAAAUGGUGGGCAUCGCUAUUUUCAUAUGGAAAGUACAAAGAUUCCACCGGUUUACUCUUUAUCUGGAACGAUAUGAACGAGCCAUCCAUAUUUGACAUCUCUGAUCUAACAAUGCCACGAGAUGCCCUGCAUUUCGGAGACAUAGAAGAAAGGGAAGUACAUAAUUUGUACGGCCAUUUCAAUGUCUUGGCAACAGCUGAUGGAUUGAUCAGUAGAAGUCGUGGAAUUCCUGAUAGACCAUUCAUAUUAACGAGAUCCUUCUUCGCAGGAAGCCAGAAAUACGCUGCAAUGUGGACAGGAGAUAACGCCGCUGAAUGGGAUCACCUUAGAAACUCAAUUCCUCAGAUACUUUCCCUUUCUAUUUGUCAAUUUCCUUUCUCAGGAAGCGAUGUUGGCGGAUUCUUCAAUUCCCCUGACAAGGAAUUGCUCUGCAGAUGGUACCAAGCUGGCGCCUGGACAUACUCCUUCUUCAGAUGCCACUGCCAUCAUUUGGCUGAUAAUCGUGAACCAUAUCGUUUAUCUACCGGAUGGAGGGAACUCGCUGUUGAUGCGAUUAUCGAAAGAUACCAAUUAUUCCCAUUAUGGUAUACGGCUUCUCGUAUCGCAAAUCUCACGGGAGAACCAAUUGUAUCUCCAUUGUACUUCUACUUCAACGAUGAAGCACUACAAGAUGAAGAAUUAGAAGUACUUCUCGGAGAAUCGUUAUUAGUAGCUCCAAUUGUUGAACAACAACCGAAAUCGAGAAAAAUUAUUUUGCCAUCAGGUGUAAGAUGGUACGAUUACAGGACAUACCAAGAAUUCACCAAGAGCUAUGACCGAACAGAUGUCAGUUCCGUGCCAGUUUACAUCAGAGGUGGAAGAAUCAUCCUUCAAAAACUCACAAGAAGGAAAUCCAUACCUCUUAUGCAUUUGGACAACUACACAAUGGUUGUAGCACUAGAUGACAAGCAAGAAUCCCGUGGUGAACUCUACGCAGAUGAUGGUCAUUCAUUCAAAUUCCUUGAAAAUGAAUUUGUUCACAGAGUUUUCACAUAUAAAGAAGGAAUUUUAGAGAAUAGAGAACACGAGACACAAAAAGGAAACUUGCCUGAUUACGAAAAUGUUUAUAUUUCAACAAUUAAAAUUGUAGGAUGCCACGAAACUCCUUCAGAAGUAGUUUUUGAAGGAAAGUCGAUGAAAUUCAGUAUCUCUGAGAAUGUUUUAGUUUUGGAAGACGUCAAUGUCCCUGUUUCAAAAGAUUGGAGUAUCCAAUUUAAGUUUUAA